AUGGCUGAGGUCGCGAACAUUGUUGCAGGCGUCUUUCAGUUGAUUCCUCUUUGCAACGCCGGAUUCGUUUUGAUCAAAGAUGUUGUACAGCUAGAGCAGAAACUAAGCGAGCAACAGAUAUGGAUUCAGAAUCAUCAAAACAAUUUCUGGUCAUGGUGUGAAAUAUGGGGGCCUUCCGAAAUUCGAGAACGAAAGUUCAAACACUACGCCCAGGACAACCCAGUGAGCGCCAAAGCUGUGCUGCGUCAGCUGGCUCUCAACUCUCGCCUGUUCUUUGACAUCAAAGGCCUUGACCGAUACGGCUUCGAGAUCAAGAAGCUGAUACCCACGGACCACCGAAUUCAACAACUUGACAAUUUUCACUUUGAAACCAAUGCUGACCUCGACCCGCAAAACAUCAACCGCUUCGAGGCCAAAUGCAACACCAACUUAUUGGUGAUGAGAAGAAUCCAGUUCUCACUGGUAAGCGGUGCAAAGGGCGUCGAUGAACUGAUUGCAAGAUUCCGAGAGUUCAAUGAGGUCUUAUGGGGUUAUGGCCAGCCCUUGGAACUGGCCCGUCUAAACAAGGGCAUAUACGACAAUCUCAAUCAGCUGACGGGAGAUCAACUAAAUAAACUUCUCGCCGCCUACACGCGGGAGUCUGAGACCUCAAGAGACUCAGUGAGUGCUGGUAACUAUCGUUCGUUGGCAAAGAUGGUCAACUUGCGAGCCCAUGCCAUCCAGGGGGCUCCUGGAAGACCCCAUGUGUUUGGAGCCAGCUCGUUUCACAUGACAGACAACUACAGAGUAGACAGUCGCGGCACGUCCACAAUGGCGCUUCUUUACGACUACCCAAAGAAAGGUGAUCACCGAGUUGCGCUCAUAGAAUGGGCGCAGAACGCACAGGUUUCAGGCAAAAGACGGGAGAUUGAGAAACUGGCACUUCUAUUGAAUGUUCCCAAGCCAGACGAGAUGUCUAUGCUUGAUUCCUAUGGAAUAUUAGACGACCUACAACGAACCAACCGGCUUGGUUUUGUCCUAAAACCGCCCAUCAAUAUCCGAACUAAUCUUCCUCAACCAUUGCCACCAGGAGCCAUCUCGGAACGACGAAUGCCCAUCAACUUGAGACAGCUCAUCAAAACCCGGGAUGGUCUGGACCUAGGCGUGAGGUUCGACAUUGCCAAGAAGCUUGUUGAUACUGUCCACAUGAUGCAUGCCGUAGACUGGGCGCACAAGUAUGUUGCCCCAUCACACUUCAAGCCUGACACGGCUAAUCGUUUACAUAGGAACAUCCGACCCAACAACAUUUUGUUCUUCCCUCUGGGCAGUAUUGGCGACGAAUCCUCGACCCAAGCCGCCCACAGAGUCUUUGACCUUUCGAGUCCUUUCAUCGCUGGUUAUAGCAACGGCGCAGCUUCUGGUAUCAACAUGAAACUCGACUACUACGAGCAUCCAGCAAGACGCAACGACCCUCAGAUAGCCUAUCGACGCCUCUAUGAUCUCUAUAGUCUGGGCUGUGUCUUGCUUGAAUUGGCGCUCUGGACAACGAUAGACAAGCAAAUUGAGCACGAUCCCGGGAGCAGAGAAGCGUCCUACAAGGUCAUCCGAGCGCUUUCCCUUAAACCUACGUUGGAUAGGUGA